CUCGCUUCCAUUCAUUUGAUUGUAUAUCUAAUAAAAAGCACAAAUCGUGUGAUGAUGGCAUACGACUCCUCGGAGCCUAUUUCUGCAGAGUUUCCUUUCGAGAAGCGAAAGGUAAAGAUUGUUGGCGCUGAAAUGGCGUAUGUCGAUACCGGUACAUCCGAAGGAUCCCCCACCGUUUUCUUGCAUGGCAAUCCAACGUCGUCUUAUGUAUGGCGUAACAUUAUCCCGCACGUCUCUAGUGGGAGUCGCUGUAUAGCGCCAGAUCUUAUAGGGUUUGGAGAUUCGGAUAAGAUCUUGGGACUUGAAUAUAGAGUCGUAGACCAUCAGUUCUAUUUGGACGCUUUUCUCGAUGCAGUUCUACCGACUGAAAAGGUCACACUUGUCAUCCACGACUGGGGCUCAGCCCUUGGCUUUGAUUGGGCGCGCCGCCACGAAGAUCUUUGUGCUCCUUGCACCAAGCUGGGAUGUAUUUCACCGGCUGUCGCACGCCAUUUUCGGCCGUUUCGAGAUCCCAAACUUGGACGGGAGCUGCUCAUCAACCAAAAUGCUUUUAUUGAAAUGGUCUUGCCACUGAAUGUUUUGCGGCACCUCUCUGAAGAGGAAAUGGAGCAUUAUCGCCGGCCGUACCUUGAACCGGAAUCGCGCGAGCCCCUCUGGCGAUUUCCCAAUGAUAUUCCAAUCGAAGGACACCCUGCAGAUGUUUGGGAAAAGGUGAUUAAGUAUAUAGAUUGGCUACUGCAUACAACGGUCCCGAAGUUGUUCUUUUGGGCAGAGCCAGGUGUGGUUAUUACAAAAGAAACGGUGAAAGGUUUGGUUGAGGAGCUACAAAACACCAAAAUUGUGUUUCUUGGUCCUGGUCUUCAUUACUUUCAAGAGGAUUAUCCUCACACUAUUGGCCGAGAAAUUGCUCAGUGGUUACAAUUACGUGGAAAAAUUGAAAAAGGCAUGUAA